CGACAGCAUCCGAGCAGACAUGGCCACUCUGCAGUAUCUAAACGCUUUCAUAUCUGAGCGGCUGGCAGCGGCGGCUGUGGAGAUUUUCGGGGCGGUGGAGAAAACGUUGACUGAGUACCAGGGAGAAAUCAACCGGUUCAAACAGGAGACAGAUCACCUGAGGACACUGCUGCUCUGGCCGCAAGUCAGAUUACACAGAUCAGCAUCUCAUCGGGUCAGUCCUCCUCGCUGUGAUAAGGAGGCUUCUCCCGAGUGCUGCCACAAGGAGGAGUGGGCCCCAGAUGUGAGCCUGGAGCACCCCAGUCCUCUACAUAUUAAAGAGGAGCACGACCACAGGGCUGGUCAGCGAGGAUUGUCCUGUAGGCACCAGUGCGAUACCACAGUGUGUCCCCAGAAUGUGAAAAGAGAAGGUCACGAGGAGCCGCCCUCACACCUCUACAGAAUAUUAACUGUUGAACAGACAGCAGAUGUCAAGGCUGAGCCCGAUGGUGUUGAGCUAAUAACAUCCCCAUCACCCAUGGAGGAUGAGGCCACCAGGGGAGUAGAUCCAGAGUCCCCUGGGCUCCAGCGAGAAACCCUGAAAGAUCAUCUUGAGAUCGCUCAUCACGAGCAGGAUGGGUCUGAUGAGCAGCAGAACGCUGACCAAGACUGGAGCCUCUGUCAGGAUCACAAGGACCCUGAUCCCCCUCAGAUCAAAGAGGAAAAGUUUACAUCAUCUUGUCCUCAGGAAGAUACUGAACACUAUGAACUCCCUCGUCAGUCAGAGAGAAGUAUUUAUGAUGAGCCUCAUUGUUCAAGCCCCUGCCACCACCAGACUCUGAGCAACAAAACAUUUUACACAGCAGAAGAAAAGAGGCGAGGUGUUGAAGGAGAAGGCUGUGAGCUAUAUGGACUGACCAAAGUUUGUCAGCCCUUCUACUCUGUGACUCUAGACCAUCCUGCAGCUCAGAGCGAAUAUGCUGAGAAUACAGAUGGUGUGGUAAAUGGAGAAUGGAUUAAGGCACUCACACCAACAAGAACAAGGCAAGGGAAAAGGCACAACUCCAACUUGUGCAGCAAGGACAGAGACGACAUCGGAGUGGAAGAAAACGUAAAUGAUCUCACCAGGGAGAGGAGACACACUUGUCCCAUCUGUGCCAAACGCUUUAAGGAGUCGGGCCACUUGAAGGAUCAUGUGAGGAUCCACACAGGAGAGAAGCCGUACCAGUGUAAGGAAUGUGGCAUGAACUUCAGACAGAGUGGAGCUUUGACUCUGCACAUGAGAAUCCACACGGGGGAGCGGCCAUACCAGUGCACCGACUGUGGUCGGCGCUUCAAUAGAAAAGGUGACAUGGAGACUCACAGGGUGACACACACAGGGGAAAGACCCCAUCUGUGCAUGAUGUGUGGGAAAAGCUUCAAAAGGAAGAGCAACUUAAACACACAUCUAAAGAUCCAUGCAGAGGACAGAAUGGAUUAUGCACAGCCAUUGUGACUGUUGAAAUACUGUAUGUAUCAUCCAGAUAGUUACGCUCUGGAAAACAAGGAUUAUCAAACAUAAUAUUAGGAUGUUUGCUCAGUUCAUAAUACUUUUCCCCAGGAGACAUCAUGAAGAAACAUUUAUCUGAAAUGAUGAUUUUAUGAUCUCUGAUGAUGUUUAAAUUCACUUCCACAAACUUUGCCAGUAAAAUACAUUUGAGACAAUGUAAACAUUAGUUUUGUUCUUUUGUUUUCUAAUGCUCAUUAUGAAAGCUUGGUUCUUCUCAUUAAAUUGUGUUUUGGGUGUA